AACAAUUAAGCACACUCCUCUUUUUUCUUCACUCCAAUUCCAACUCCAACAAUCAAAAUCAUCACAAAAUGGAUUUCCCUUUCAACCAUGGCCGUAACUCCUCAAACGUAACCCACACUCACCACCACAACCCAAGAGACGACACAGAAGAAUCAGAAUUCCCUCCACCCGGUUACACCUCCUCCCCCUUCAACCACGCACCACCGCCACAUCAUCACCAACAACCACCACCGCCAUUCUACAACGACUCUUACCCACCACCACCACUUCCUCACCAAGCAGAAACUCAAGUCUUCCACACUGGACACGUGUCCCGUGACGACGACUUCGAUUACCCUGCUCCACCUCCGCCUCAGCCUCAUAACUACGGUGGAUACCCACCUGCACCUGAUCACUCCUCCACCCCGUUCCCUAACACUACUGUUCAACAUGUUUCUCAUGAGUCCCAUCACCCUCAUUUUCCAACGUCCGUUCACCAUGUCAACCAUGAGGUAUCACCUGUUGGUCAUCCUAUCUCCUCCAACAAACGCACUUUCAAGAUUCUCACCAAAGCUUCCCAGAAUCACUCCCUCACUAUCCGUCGUGGCGAAGUGGUUUUUGCACCCUCUGAUCCCUUAGAUCAGCAUCAGCAUUGGUACAAGGAUGAGAAGUGGAGUACCAGGGUGAAGGAUGAAGAUGGUCACCCUUCUUUUGCUUUGGUCAACAAGGUCACUGGGGAAGCCAUUAAGCAUUCCAUUGCUGCCUCCCAUCCAGUUCGGCUGGUCCGAUACAAUCCAGACUAUCUUGAUCAGUCUAUUUUAUGGACUGAGAGCAAGGACCAGGGUAGCGGCUUCCGGGCUGUAAGGAUGGUCAACAAUAUUCAUCUCAACAUGGAUGCCUUUCAUGGUGACAAAGAUUCUGGAGGUGUGCAUGAUGGCACUACUGUUGUCCUCUGGGACUGGAACAGCGGUGAUAACCAGCAGUGGAAGAUCUUGCCCUACUGAGUACAAUUGAAGGCACUGUCAAUGGUUUUGAAGAAUAAUUAUCUAUAUCUAUAAGUUGGGAAGACUGUUGUCUCUUUUGUUUGAUGAGUGGUUUGUGUUUUGUUUGUAUAAUUUGUGCGUUUUUGGUAAUAUAUGAACCGUUUGCUAUGAAGUUAUUGGUACCAAGCAACCGUUUGCUAUGAAGUUAUUGGUACCAAGCAACCGGCUACAGAUUUUUCAAUAGAACAUGUUGUGUGUUGAUCACUUGGUUGCUCUCAUUUAUGUGCCUCUGUAUAUCUAAAUGUGAUUCAGUGUGAACCAUUAUUGUUUUCAAGAGCA